CACACCUCACCGCAGUCGCCGGGAAAGUAAGGGUGGAUUCAUUGGUUGAAUUUGGCAAGCCUGGAUAUCAGACUGCACUGGCGCUAACAGCUGUGGCAGCUGAGCGCGCUCUCAUCUUAGUCAAAGACCAGUUGUUGGUUGAUAGCAACCCUGCUGACAACGGUGGUAAAACUCACAAGAUUGUACAGACACUUAACGAAGUGACUAAUAAGAUGAGCCAUACCGGGACAGCAUUUUCAUCUGGAAAUUGGGAGACAGAUACUUGGCAUACAUGGACAGUAUCAAGACUCUACCCCAUGAAUGCAUCCAAGAGAUUCUCGAGCAGUCAGAAAACUAUAUGA